AUGUCCGCCCCUGCCGCCGUUAACGGCCAUGCAUCCACUUCCACCGAGCAGGCCCCUGCCGCUUCCUCUUCCAUCCCCGUACCAUCUUCGGCCGCUUCUCAGAUUCAGCCUAGCGACGUUGGAUGGCAGUUUGUCCCCCAGUACUACAACUUUGUGAACAAGCAGCCUCACCGCCUUCACUGCUUCUACAACAAGCGGUCCACAUUCUUGCAUGGCGAGGAGGGCGAGGACACGGCCGUCGCGUUCGGCCAGGCGGAGAUCCAUGAGCGUAUCACCAAGAUUGGGUACGACCAGUGCAAGGUCUACAUCAACUCGAUCGACUCGCAGUCGUCGGCCAACGGCGGUGUCAUUAUCCAGGUUCUCGGUGAAAUGUCCAACGCGAACAAGCCCUGGCGCAAGUUCGCCCAGACCUUCUUCCUCGCGGAGCAGCCAAACGGCUACUUUGUUUUGAACGACAUCUUCCGCUAUCUCAAGGAGGAGACCGACGAGGACGAGGAGCCCGAGGUUGACGACGCCCCGGUCGUCAGCUCAGCCCCUGGCACUCAGGCUGAUGCCGCCCAUGCUCAGCAGGUCCCGACUGCUCCUGUCGCUAUCGAGCAGGAGCCUGAGGAGGAGCCGGCGCAGCCGGAGCCUGCCGCUCCGGAGCCCUCCGAGGAGAAGGCUACCGAGCCCGAGGUUGCUGCCCCUGUCGCGAAGGAGGAGGAGAAGCCGGAGGAGAAGGUUGUCGAGCCUACCCCUGCCGCGGCGGAGGAGCCAGCGCCGCCUGCCCCGGAGCCUGUGGCCGAGGAGACCAAGCCUGAGCCUGCCGCCCCGGUUGUUGCUGCCCCCGCCGCAGCCCCUGCCUCUGAGAAGGCCGCUACCCCUGCUAAUGGCUCGGCCGCCGCCUCGGGCACCGUUACCCCCGCUGCGCAGCCCCCUGCCGCCGCAGCCGCCCCUGCCCCGGCUGCUCCCGUUGCUCCAGCCAAGCCCGCCGCUCCCAAGUCGUGGGCUAGCCUCGCGGCUGGAGGUGCCAAGGCUUGGUCUGCUGUGACCGCUCCGGCUGCUGCCGCUCCCAAGAAGGCCGAGCCUGUGCCCGCUCCGGCUGCUCCUGCUCCUGCUCCUGCUGCCCCUGCCCCGGCUGUGGCUGCCGCUCCUGCGCCGACCGCGGCGCAGAAGGCGUCUCCUCAGUAUGAGCAGGCGAUGGCGGUCAAGACCGCUCACUGCUUCGUCAAGCUUCCUAACUGGUCGACUGGCGGUGACGCGGCCGCUGAGACCAUCGACGAGGCUACCCUCCGCGGCAUCGCCUCGCGCUUCGGUGAGGUCAGCAAGGUUGAGAUCGUCAAGGGCAAGGCAUGCGCCUUUGUCGAGUUCACCAAGGUUGAAUCGGCACGCAAGGCGAUUGUUGCGUCGCUUACCCCUAACCAGGGUGGUGAGGGUGGCGUCGUUCACGGCGAGGGCAAGCUCAACUUUGAGACUCGUAAGGAGAAGGACGAGCGCUCCAAGUUCCGUCGGGGAGGUGCGCCUGACACUGGCAACCGCGGCGGUGGCCAGCCGCGCACCAACAACAGCGAGCGUGGUGGCGCUGCUGGACGCGGGGGCCGUGGCCGUCCCCGCGGCGGUGCGUCGGGACAGGCCAAGUGAUCCAAGCGGAGUGAUCUGCGAGCGGGCUGGGCGACUGUGAGGCGUGCGCGCGCUGCCCGCCCAGUCGGUACUCGCCACGCAUCCUUCUCGACCACAUCGCAUCGCAUAUUUCUGCCCGUGGUUCAUCUUUCCGACAUCAGUAGUGUUGCACUUGCAUGGGGUGG